AUGCAGAUGAGGACUUUCCAUCGACGUUACUACGAAAUUCCCGAAUAGCAGUGUCGAAUAUAUGUGUCCAACCCCAAACUGGGAGGGUUCUGCUUACUUGCCCUAGAAUGGGCCAACGACUCAUUUCCGUCGCAGAAAUAUCCAAACACAACAUACCUCGAGACCUUUGGAUAGUAGUUGACGGUGCAGUGUACGACAUCACCGCGUUUGCCCCGGAGCAUCCCGGUGGGCUUCGCGUGCUUCUACAGUAUGCGGGCCGGGAUGCAACUGCAGCAUACUCGGAAGUCCAUGCUUUAUCCCUCAUCAAAACUACUCUGCCAUCAACCAGUCAUAUCGGUAUUUUGGAUGCGAACAGUGUCAGCGAGGAAUGGGCCACACCGCCUAUACCGACGUUUCCGAAGCAAAACGUCCUAUCAAAACCGCCCUUGGAUACCUUGAUCUGCGCACACGACUUCGAACUUGCAGCGUCGAAGAGUUUCGCGCCGAAGGCAUGGGCAUUUGUUUCCUCAGCAGCGACAGAUUGCUAUACAAAGGACAGGAACAGUUCGAUGUACUCCCAGAUCAGUCUUCGCCCGCGAGUACUGAGGAAUGUCAGCGAGGUGACCACCAGCACAUCCAUGCUAGGCCACAAAAUACGAGCCCCUAUUUUCUGCUCACCUACAUCGAUGGGGAAAUUGAUUCACCCAGAAGGCGAGAGGGAGCUUGGAAGGGCAUGCAGAGAUCUCGGGAUACCCCAGAUCGUCUCAACUAGUUCCUCAUAUUCCUUAGCCGAAGUCAUGAAUGCUAUCGAAGAAGAUAAAACGGGUGGAAGCGAGAUGCCGGUGUUCUUCCAGCUGUACAUGGACAAAAACAGAUCCAAGUCGGAAAAGUUACUGAAGCACGUGAAAGAUCGCGGCGUUAAGGCAAUUUUCCUGACGGUCGAUGCCCCCAUUACCGGAAAACGGGAGGCGGAUGAGCGCAUUAAGGCGGACGAGAGCGUCAGCACACCCAUGUCUGGAGUCCAAGCCAAAAACGACAAGAAGGGGGGCGCACUGGGAAGGAUCAUGGGCAGCUUUAUCGAUGCGUCGACGACAUGGGAAGAUAUUUCAUGGAUUAGGAUUUGCGCACCGGGUUUGCCAAUCGUGCUGAAAGGGGUACAGACUGCUAUGGAUGCGGUCAUGGCGAUGGAGGCAGGGGUUGACGGGAUUCUGGUUUCGAACCAUGGUGGACGGAGUUUGGACACGGCGCCAGCGACAAUACUGGUGCUUCUUGAGUUGCAGAAGUGCUGUCCUGAGGUUUUUGACAGGAUGGAGGUUUAUGUGGAUGGUGGGAUUACGAGAGGGACGGAUAUAUUUAAGGCGUUGUGUUUGGGAGCGAAGGCUGUGGGGAUUGGACGCGGAUGCGUGUAUGCAUUGAAUUAUGGGAAGGCGGGUGUUGAGCAUCUCGUUGAGACUCUCAAUGACGAGCUCGAGACGACGAUGCGGAUGUGCGGUAUCACGAGCCUCGAUCAAGUGCACCCAGGGCUAUUACAAACAGGUGCGGUGGACCACCUCGUGCCCAAUGGCGAAGAACAUCCGUAUGCACAAUGGAGGCCUAAGCCGAGGAGUAAACUGUAGAUGGCACCAAGUGGUAUGGAUGGGGAUCACUGGUUUUCUGCGUGGAUUUUAUGUUUUACGAAACCUAGCCUGAUUCGCGAAACCCUCAUGAUGGCCUCGUUCCGGAGGAAGUCACAGAUUGAGAUCCUCGCGAUAAAACCCGGCAAUAUCCUUUGGAUCUUUUUAUUGUUUUCACUGUUGCCAGCUUCGAUGUAUAUAUGAACGUUAUCUUACUUUUAAG